AUGUCCCAAGAAAAGCGAAACAUCCUUGUUGAUACAAUUCAGUGCCUAGAAUGCGGCAUUGUGAGCAAACGGGUGAUCGUCGGCCAUGGGUGCUGUGUACUGGAUCACCAAAGAAGAUACCUUAAUAAAAUUACAGCAAGCUUUAAGGGCUAUGAGGAAGGAAGAGAAAGUCUGGUGGGUGCGGAUGGGAGAAGCAGGAGCCAGCCAGGGAAGAAGCCGAAGCUGAUGCACAGGACAGCAAACAUCACGACGCAAAAUCAACCAAGUGCAACAACCACGAUUAAGCUCACACUUGAGGCCCUGAACGAUCUGCGAACCACGCAUACUAUUCCUAUUGAAGUAAUGGCUUCUGCAACUUCAAAACCUGAGGGAAGCGCAAGAGUUCAGAUCGAGUCACUACCGGGACAAAAUCAAGAUAAGCCAACUCUUGAUGCUGCCAAAUUGGAAGUUCCAGUGCUGCCAGGUGUCAAUCAAGAUACUUCGCGUAUGGGCGAUAUUCCAGUAUCACCCGCCGCAGCGCUCACACCUUCGCAGGUGCCUGCCAUAAUAGUGGACAGACCUCUUCCUGGGCAGAACCAAGUCGAUCCUAUUAUGGGUGAGCUCGCCCCUCUAUUGAUUUCAUCUAUGGCGCCAGAGCCCUAUGUUCUACCCUCAAACCCCCCCUCUUCGACGCCAUCAGUCGCCAGCCAAGUAUCUGCAACAUCAAUGUCCACAUUGAUAGCUCAGUCGACUUCAGUAUCAUUGGAUUCAUCAUCGGUAGUCGGCUUUUCUACUUCGUUCACAAUACCGUCCUUUACCUCCUUCCUCACUAGCACCCGAUCGGAGCAAAGCAGAGAAGAGGCUUCUGUCACACUGGCUCUGCCGAGUCCAUCAGCUGUUGCUUUGACGACGAGCACUACAAGCUCCGAUACUACCAAAUCUGCUACUUCACAAGCCAUCGCAGCUGCGCAAUCAGCACCGGGAAUAUUAACGUCAACUGCCGCGGUUGCUGUCGCCUCUCAGAAUUCUACAGCCGAAUCUGAAGUUCGUAAUGGGAGUAUCUUAAAUCCCAUGGCAAGGACACUACUCAUUGUAUUUGUGGUUCUUGGAGUCUUGUCAGUCAUCGUUGCAAUAACCAUCUCCAUAAUGGUCAGGUCUCAUAGGAAACGUUUCCAAACAAAACAAAAUGACCCUCGGACUCGAACCGCAUACGAUACGUCGGACCGCCGUGCUGACGACAAUCCCCACAUCUCCACCGAUACCAAUGACAACCCUUUCUUGACAGCGAGUGAGAAGGCAAUCAUAGAUCGUGCAGCGUCACCUGAUAGAGAUUCUGAUUUGAACUCAUCGUAUCGGCUGUCGGAAGCGAGUAUUAAAAAUAAAGUAUAG